AUGAGCUCGUACUUUGUAAACUCGUUCUCAGGGCGCUACCCAAAUGGCUCCGACUAUCAGUUACUAAAUUAUGGGACUAACGGCGCAGUGAGCGGCUCCUUCAGAGACCCUGGCACCAUGCACUCCGGGUCCUUCGGCUACAACUACAAUGGCAUGGACCUAACCGUCAACCGAGCCAACAGCGCAGGCGGCGGAGGCGCAGGCGGCGGAGGCGGCGGCGGCGGCGGUCACUUUGGGGCGGUGCAGCAGCAGCGCGAGGACGCCCGGGGCUUCGGCUACCGCCAGACGCCCACCUGCUCGCUCUCGUCGCCGGAAUCCGCGCAGCCUCCGCCGCCGCCGUCGUGCGCCGCCGCCGCCGAGGUGAAGAGCGCCUCCCCGGCGUGCGACCGGAGCGCGUCCUCGGCGGCCAACAAAAGCGCCAACAACGGCGGCGGAUUCGCGGACAUCGACGACCCGAGCGCCGCCGCUCCCGAGACCGAGGACCGCGGCGGUUCCGGCUCGGGCUCGGGCACCGCUCAACGGGCGCAGGAGCCCGGCAGCCUCGCCACCUCGUCCGCCCCCGCCGCCAACGAGUGCCACGCGCCGCAGAUCUUCCCCUGGAUGAGGAAGCUGCACAUCAGCCACGAUAUGACCGGACCGGACGGCAAGCGGGCCCGGACCGCCUACACCCGCUACCAGACGCUGGAGCUGGAGAAGGAGUUCCACUUCAACCGCUACCUGACGCGGCGGAGGCGGAUAGAGAUCGCGCACGCGCUGUGUCUUUCCGAGAGACAGAUCAAAAUCUGGUUCCAGAACCGCAGGAUGAAGUGGAAGAAGGACAAUAAGCUGAAGAGCAUGAGCCUGGUGACGGGCGCCAGCGCCUUCCACAACUGA